CUCUCGCCCCCCCCCCAAAAUCGCCCUCCUUCCCCCAAUUCCAACUGCGCGAGCGAGCGAGCGAGCAAGCGAGAGUGUAAUAGGGACGAUGGCAUCGGCCGGUGGAAUCAGGGGCUUCUACCGGGAGAAGAAGAAGGGCGGAGUGACCAAGCCCUCCCCCAAGCCGUAUUCCACUGCCGAUCCGGCCUGCUCUCCCGUCCUCAAGUCCGCCCAUGUCCAAGGGCAAGAGAAGGAGGCGGAGGAGAGGCUGCGGGAGUUCGACAUGGACAUGAGGUACGGGCCCUGCCUGGGCCUCACUCGGACGGAGCGCUGGAACCGGGCGGCCGUCAUGGGACUCAACCCCUCGCCCGACGUGGAGGCCAUCCUGCUCAAGUGCUCCUCCUCCGCCGCCCUCGAGUGCCUCUGGGAGGGCCGCGUCUGAACCAGUGAAUCGAUAGGUUGCUGUCUAUGUAGAUGGUGAAAGAAGAAGGAGCUGCUUCUUUUAUGUUUGUUUUUUUGCGUCGGAGAGAAAGGUGCAUCCUUUCGUAUCCAGUAUCCACUUUUAGCUUCCUGUAGUGUGGCUGGGCUUAGAUGAAAGUCUUGACUUCCGGAACAGAAACUUCAUUUCUGUACUAUAACUAUCUUUGCAUUACUUGAAUC